GAAAUCAUCAUUCCACGUUUAUCUGUGGCAGCAGAGGAAGCACUGAAGAAUGCCAAUGAAAAAUUUGUCAAAGAUGGUACUUUGCUAACUACUACUCGGGUCAGGCCUGAGAUUUUGGAAAAAUUGGCAGACUACAUGUAUAUAGCUACACAGCCUACCCCACAGGCCGUCAGAUAAGUGAGGUGGCAGAGGCUUUAGUCAAAAUCCACCCGUGUCUGGCAGAACCAGGCAGUCAUACCGGUUGGAAUGGAUGGAUGUAUUCUCUUAAGUACAAAAUGGGAAAUUACAGAACGAAGCUUAGAAGUCUUGGAUUUCCUGAGGUUACCUGCAAUUCGUUUAAGAACAAGCGCCCCAAUGACAGGACACCUGCAAAGAAUGUAAAGAAAGCUCGGAAAGGAGAAAUGGUGUUUCUUCCAUGCUAUCCCGCAGGAAUUGCUAAGGACCAGCAAGAGGUAGACCGAAACCAACUAAUUGAAGAAUCAAAAAAGAGAGACAGCACAGCUAUCAAGGACUUGAUGUGCAGAACUUUUGCACAUAGAAGGCAUGAUGUCAUCAGUCUGCAGAUGAGCAUCAAAGACAUAAAGGACAGAUGGCCUACCUUGUGUAAUGUCUCUCAAAUCAGUGCAGAGUUUCAGAGGAUCACUACAAUGAAUCUUGAGCCAAAGUUCAUGUCGAUGUUGGACCUUUAUUCCCCCAAACUGCUGUCAUUGUUCCAAGUGAAGAAGGGUGCUUUAGGAGAGCGACUCCGGGCACAACUGAGUAUUCUACAUCAGAGUGGAAUCUCCAUGCACCGAAAACGUGAGGUUGUCAUUCGAUGCCUCGUUGGCUAUCUGGGAGAAGAUGCAUGUGGCUUAAUUAAGGAAUUUGAGGAUUCUGCUGAUCAUCCCGUCAUUGUGGAAGAGGAGUUGGCAGAGGAGGCCAUUAAAACCUACAUCCUGCAAAGCAAUGGGGCAGUCACCGAUGUAGGAGUAGUGAUUGAGGGCAUCACAGUCCUCAAAAAUCUUGACCAUCUCAGCAGAGCUUGCUGCUAUCUUUUGGGUCUAACUUACUCGCUGGAUCUGAGAUAUCCCAAGACUCACCGAUACAUAUUUGAAGUGUUCCAGAAACUUCUUCUUGAACUGGAUCCAGCUAAACUCUCUGUUAAAGUUCAGAGACUAAAAAUCAGCUGCUUGCAUAGACUUGCAAGAUCAUCCCAUAGAAUGGGUAUUCCUGUUGGAAUUUUUUUCGUACUAAUUGUAUUCAAGGGAUAGUUCUUGAUCUUGAACAGAUCAUCCCAUAGAAUAAGUAUUCCUGUUGAAAAGUUUUUCUGAUUGAUUGUUUUCAAGGGAUAGUUAA